UGCAGGCUGUGAAUUGAAGAAAAAAAAGCAUGUAAUUAAUCAUAGGAGGUUGGGGGUGUUCGCUAAGCUUCAGUUACAGGGGAGAAGCUGGACAAGGCACUAGGACCUAGAAGGCAACUAUCCACCCUGGCAGGAAUUUCUUGCUUGGAGCUCAGACAACAAAGGCAUAGAGAGAUUGGUUUUCUUUCUCUCAGCAUCUCCACCCAACCAGCAGAAAACCGGUGAGUGGGGCUUUCGAGUGAUUUUCAAGCAGAAUGUAACAGAUGUCAACCGGGAAAGCACAAGGCACACGGCUUUCUUUCUCUGUGUGUUCGCCUCUUUCUUCUCUUUUAUUUGCCUUAUUCUAUAGGAUUUUUGUCCUCUAAGAUUCUACCUGGGAUUUUCCUUUGGAAAAGUUGCUGUGGUUCCACCAAAAUAUGGAACUUGAUUUUGGACAUUUUGACGAACGAGACAAAGCAUCUAGAAAUAUGAGAGGGUCACGGAUGAAUGGACUUCCAAGUCCCACUCAUAGUGCCCACUGUAGCUUCUACAGAACCAGAACCUUGCAGGCAUUAAGUAAUGAGAAGAAGGCCAAGAAGGUACGUUUCUACCGCAAUGGGGACCGUUACUUCAAGGGGAUUGUGUACGCUGUUUCUUCUGACCGUUUUCGUAGUUUUGAUGCGUUGCUGGCUGACCUGACCCGAUCCUUGUCUGACAACAUUAACCUGCCUCAGGGAGUGCGCUACAUUUAUACCAUUGACGGAUCCAGGAAGAUUGGAAGCAUGGAUGAACUGGAAGAAGGGGAAAGCUAUGUCUGCUCCUCAGACAACUUCUUUAAAAAGGUUGAGUACACCAAGAAUGUCAACCCCAACUGGUCUGUCAACGUAAAGACAUCUGCCAACAUGAAAGCCCCCCAGUCCUUGGCUAGCAGCAACAGUGCUCAAGCCAGAGAGAACAAGGACUUUGUGCGCCCCAAACUUGUGACCAUCAUUCGCAGCGGGGUGAAGCCACGGAAGGCUGUGCGCGUGCUUCUCAACAAGAAAACAGCCCACUCUUUCGAGCAGGUCCUGACUGACAUCACAGAAGCGAUCAAACUGGAAACCGGAGUUGUCAAAAAACUCUACACCCUUGAUGGAAAGCAGGUCACCUGUCUCCAUGAUUUCUUUGGUGAUGAUGAUGUGUUCAUUGCUUGUGGUCCUGAAAAAUUCCGCUAUGCUCAAGAUGAUUUCUCCUUGGAUGAGAAUGAAUGCAGAGUCAUGAAAGGGAAUCCAUCUGCCGCAGCUGGCCCAAAGGCUUCCCCAACACCUCAAAAGACAUCUGCUAAAAGCCCAGGCCCAAUGCGCCGCAGCAAGUCUCCAGCUGACUCAGCAAAUGGAACUUCCAGCAGUCAGCUCUCAACACCUAAGUCAAAGCAGUCUCCUAUCUCUACACCCACAAGCCCUGGAAGUCUGCGGAAGCACAAGGUAGACCUGUACCUGCCGCUGUCAUUGGAUGACUCUGAUUCACUUGGCGAUUCCAUGUGAAAGAUGAUAGGCUAAAUCAAAGCCUAUUAUUGUAGCAGAAUACUUUCGCUCAAGUGACCAACAAGGCUAUUGGUGCUUAAACAUUUUUGUUAUUGUUGCUUUUCAAAACACUCUGUAGUAUGUAGGGUUUAUUUUCUUGUGACUUCUCUUCUGGGCCACUAAUUCACAUUUACCAAUAAGAGAUAGAUUGAUAACCAUCCUUUUGAGUGACUUUUCCAGAACUUCAAAGUGUGCUACUCCAUGACCUUUCUACUGAAUGCUUAGGGGCCUUUGUAUUUUCCCCACUCAAUUUGUUCAGAAACUAGUCUUCCUUCUCUGGAAGGCUGUUUACAUACACAUCACUUAAAAUGUUUAUGUGUGGGGAAAACUUUCAUAUGCAGAUCUAAAAGCGAAAAACCUAAGUGUCCCUUGCCUCUGUAUCUUCAGAAUGCUGGAGGAUCUCAGGAGAGUGGCAAGUCAGAUCCUUGGUCUCACUCUUUGCUCUUAAUUGAGCCCCCAGUGUAUUGUCUAGCAUUCAUCCUGGCUGUUGAGAUGGAGAAACACCAGCGACUUUUGAUGUGACACCAUGUGCUUAGGGCUGUGGUAUAGGGCUGUCUGAAAGAUAUGAGGUAGAAUAUAGGGGGAAAACUGCCCAAAUUUCAGUAGGAUUUGUAUAAAGCACAGUGGAUUCCUGGUUAACCCCUCUACUGGGGAAAUUUGGAAUCAAUCAAUUGAUUAGUUUGGGGUACAUGAUGUCACAUACAUGAUCCUUCCAGGAGGCUUUCUAAUGUACAAGUUAGUACAUGAACGGUAUGGUAUCCAUCUAGCUCUGUUCUAUUGAAUGCCUUGUAAACAACCAACACUACAAACACUGUGAGAAUUUGUUUUCAGGUCUGACACCUUUUGGUCGCUUUUUAUAGCAAGAAACCAUAUCCUUUUUUAUAAAAAACUCAACUCUGUAUUUCAGGAGCAAAACUCUUCAGGCUCCUUUUUUAUAAGCUGGUGAUUUUUUUCCUUUGUCUAAAAAACACAAGUAGAAAAUUGACCAAAAAAAUGCAGAAGAAUACUGUAGUUUAGAAAUCAUGCUCUCACUGCCAAACAGAAAGCUCCGGGAGAAAACACAAUGACUAGAGGCCAAUUCAAUAGAAUCAGGUUUUUGAUACCUUUUUAACAGUUACACUUACAGUAAUAAUUUCAAUGUGGACCAGACAUUCUAGUUAUAUUUUAAAUGAAAUGUUAUGGCAUAUUUUAAGUAACUCUUUUUUAUCUAUAAUCCUAAUAUUUCAUACUUAAGAUGCAGAAACCUUUCACUUGACUUUAACAUUAGGAAGGACUUCUCUUUAUUACGGAUUGAUCACUUGAAAUAACUCUGUCUUUGAGGUACAGGUUUAUAACAUUGCUUUUUCUCUGUAUUCAUAGCCCAUAAUAGCCAAGACAACGAAAGUUAGGUGAAAGCCAUGCAUGCCAAUUCUGUGUUUGAUUUGACGAGAUAGGAAGAUUUCCUUCACUUCUUUGUAAUUGUUCAGAUAGUUUGAAAGAUGCAGCAUUCAAAGUUUGGCUGCUGAAUGACAUGCAGUUGUCCCUCCAUUCUAAGUAGAAUGAGUGUGGGGUUCAUUUGUGUGUGUGUGUGUGUGUGUGUGUGUGUGUGUGUGUGUGCUCGCGCGCGCAUGCGCAAGCACGCCUAGGCUGCUUCAUACUUAGCAAAUACUGCACAAGACAACUCAACAUGAAUUGAUGACAACUUGGUGGCAUUGCUGAUGUGCAGGGGGAAGUAGGAUGGCAGGGGUACCUAGAGCCCCCUUGAUAAAUUUCAGAUGUCCUUAAUUAUGAGAUUCCAAGAAACAUUUUUGCUUUUGGUUCAGCAGAAGGGGGAUGAUGAGAGCUCUGGUUUCUGCUUACACUGCUCAUUGAAGAGCCCAAAAUCAUGAGGUUUUGCUCCCCCCCCCUUUAUUGCUAUGCCCACAUGAAAUGAUUAAGAAACCCAUUUUAAUCGGCCCCUAUUUUUUUUUCUACAAGCUCAGUGAUUUCUUAGUGCCUCCCAGAACAUUUGAGUUAAUUAGGGAAAAUUGGUUAUUUGGGAUGGAUAGAAAUUGUGGUAGGAGAUCUAUUUUUAACCUCUGGGCCAGAUCCUCCAGCACACUCUAUGUUGUUCUUUGAGCAAAUCCCAUGUUGUCCCAAGUAUUCAUUUAAGAUGAGACAUGGAGAUUCUACUGAAAGAGUGGGAGCAAAGAAAUUUCAACAGUCCCUAUGCCCAGGCUUCUUGGUAGUUCUCUGAGCAUUUUUCUACUUGUAGUAUAAUAUAGCACUAGAAAAUACUAUGGACAUAUCUUUUUUAGAAUAUUCUUAGAACAGACAUUCUUGUAUAACAACAGUGUCCUUUCUGUUUUUCUUUGUGCUAACUACAAGUAAACCUUUAACAAAUACUUUUCCUUUAUAUACAGGCACAGAUACAUACAUAUAAGAAAACUUUUUUUUACUGCUACUUCGUGUGGCAAGGGUUGGUAAAAUUGAAAACUCAAGUCUCCAAUAAUUUAGUUUUAAAUUGGCUCAAAUUCAAGUAAUUUUUUUCAGAACUAAGCUCUUACAUCCCCCGUAUUCUUUCUCAGUUUUUCCUAAUCCACUUUUACCACUUUAGUCCCAUCAAGUUCAGCGUGCAUGGUCAGCAAGCAUUUGCCACUAUUUUCCAUAACACCCCCUCUCUCUUUUUCCCUCCUCCUCCCUCCUUCUCUCUCUCUCUCUCUCUCUCUCUCUCUCUCUCUCUCACACACACACACACACACACACACAAAGAAUAUGUUGCUUGUUCCUACCUCCUGACUGUUCUUCCCCACAGAAAUAGAAAUAGGGGCAAAAAAAAAAAAGGGAAAUGUAUAUAUAGGGGCUGGGUUGAACAACUAACUUCGUAAGUAGUGCUAAGUAUAAUUAAAGUGAGAGAAAAGCUCCUUUUCUCAUAAUUGUUUUGGAAAGGAUAGCCAUUAGCAUGACUGCUUUGUGUCCUUGUGGACUUUAGUAUUAGCCUAGACUGAAUUAUAGCAUUUUCUAGCUGGAAAGAGGAUUAAGAUCUCAUCAUCUGCUCCCAAUUUUUCAUUUUCUUAAGGCCAGGAAACAGACAAAGACAUAAAGUGAUUUCCCCCUAAGGUCACACAGCUGCCCAUUGGCAGUGCUGGGAUUAGAACCUACACCUCUUGGCUCUUAUUCCAAUUUUUUUCCCCCAACUAGUGAGUAUUGUCCUUUGUGAGGCUCCUGCAAAUUCUUUCCCAGGGUCAUGUUGCACCCUGGAUCCAUAUGCUACUUUGUUGGUCUCAGCAAGAAAUCCACACAGCAAUAUAAUCUGGCCCUUCCUCCUCACUUUCACAUUACUUCAUCCACAUGGCCUGCAGACAGUUCCAAGGAGAGGGAGGCAUUGAGACGUUGAGCACCAGAGGGUUGCUGCCCUACCUUGAGGAAUCUUCCAAAUAGCUCGCUGAACUCCACUCUAUUCAUGGAGAAUGGAAAAUGACUACUUUGUCCCUUAUCAGCUUCCUUCAAGGUCAUGUCACACGUGUUCCUCCCAGGAUAGGGGAGUGAUUUCCAGAGCACAGAAAAUUAGAAGUGAAUAACAGAGUAAUAGCUUUGUUUAUUCUGACUUUCUAAAGAUGACUUUUUUUUAGCCAUUUAAAAAAUUAGUCUGGCUAUCUUUACUACUAAUAACAAUUUCCUUUAAAAUAUGGCAGUGAGCCAAGCCAGAGAAAGAUAAUCAAGUCUUGUGUUUAUCCUCAAUCUCUACGCCCUUGUAGCCAUGCUCCCUGGUACAAACAAUUUUCAGGUAUAAACAAGUGUCUUUUGUCACUAAAUUGUGCCCUGGCUGACACUGAAUAUUUGUAUCUAUACCAAAAAUAGCAUACAGUGACCUUACACAUUAUAUUCUCUCUCUCUCUCUCUCUCUCUCUCUCUCUCUCUCUCUCUCUCUCUGUGUAGCCUGUUUCUGUGCUUUCCAUGACAGAAGUUAGGGCAACAUGAUCUGUAUGUGUAGGUUUCUUUGCAGCAAGGCUUUCCUGGAACUAAUGAAUAUUCACUGAAUUCUAGAAGAUCUCUUACUAAAUUUACCCAAGUUCAGGAACUUCUCUAUCUUUUCUUCCCUCCAUCUGGGAGUGACCAAGGAAUUGUAAAGUGGGUAGGUAGCUUCCAUGUCCUAGAAUCAUCAAGCCUAAGUUGAAGGCAAAUGACUCAAUGCUUGAUUUGCAUAAACUUGUGUCCCCAUGCCCAGUCUCUCCAAUAGUCUACAUAGAGAUUUCCCCAUUUCCUCUCACAUUUGACUCCAAAUGGAUUUUUCCUUUAGAAAACAGGGAAGGAAAUAAGCCCUAUCUCCUUAGAAUGGGAGCGAUCACACACCCAUGGGUCCCCAAUGAGCUUCUGUGAUGGUGAGAAUGUUGCAAGAGAUGAGACUGCCUUGGGAACAGUUGUAUCAAGAGACUUCUCUAGCAGAAACCCAAUGACAGCAUAGCUUUACGGACUUCCUUCAUGGUCUAGUUUGCUAUGGAAAUAGAAAACAUAGGAUCUUUCUCUUUUCUUUCUUUUUUUUUCUUCUUUUUGAAACAAUGCUUGGAUCCUGUUCUUGGGCACAUGGGGCCAUUUGGACCCAUACCUAGGCCUCAGUUAUAUAUUGCCUUCAUUAUAUUAAGACGUUUAGGCUUCUAGGCUCAAAUUAGUUUUCUAAACAGAGCAAGGGUACUUUGGAGCUCAUAUGGGUGCACAGGAAGGCCUAUGUCCUAUGAUUUAGAUCUGGAACCAUGGGAUGGUAAAGGCUGUAUAGUGACCUAGUCAUUUAGAGUAUGUCAGGUAUAAUGUGUUAGAAGCUCAUGCUUCUGCCUCUGCCCUUCUAAAACCACGUGUGUCGUGCCACUCACUGUUACGUGAAUCCUGAAGGAUUUCCUCUUCUUUCAAACAUGACCACCUGGAGCAAGAAUAGGUCACUGACUUUUUGUGCUUUCUUUUUGAUUAGAGAGACCUCUAUCUCCCUUGGAUGCAUAAAUGAAGUUUCAUUAGCCAUCACACCAAGGGCUUCUUAGUGUUGAUUAAUGUGGAGCUCAUGUUUUGGCCAAACUGGUGUGAGAUUGGCUAUCAUUGGGAAGUGAAGUAUUUCUUAACUUUACUGGAGUCAAAAAUCUUCUGAAAUUAGAAGUGAUUUUUUUUUCUAUCUGGCAUACCUGGGGCUAGGGAAGUAGAGAAUUCUCAGUUGAAAGUAAGGCACUUUCCUACUUGGAUUACAAGAGCAGUUGAGUUGAAAAAGGUCAAAGAGAACAGAGAAGUCAGAAGACCAAGUCUUGUAAACUAAAACAAAGACCCGAAGCUUCAGAAUGUCUCGAUUUUGGGCAAUAACUCAAGGAAAUAAAUGGCUUUUUGUCAUUCCAUUUCCUGUUUUCUUUCUCUAUUUAGAUGCCUAUAUUUGUUCUCAGUUAUCAGUCUCUCAUUCGGUAGCAAAAACAUCCAUUCUUUGACUUGUGAGGUACUUCCUCCUCUUUUGGAAUCCGUUGCUUCUUCCCACCUCACUACUGGGUAUAAGCUUCUUCAUAGUCUGUAAGUUUUACCUUGGGAUUGAAGAGAAAUUAUUUUCUGUUUCAAAAAUUCCUGGUUCUACCCCUGUUCAGUCACAAGUAGGUUGGUAGAAAACAACCUGAUUCUGACCCUUUCUUUUUUUUUUUCCUGUUUUAGUCUCAGUAGAUCUUUUCAAGCACUGUCCUUACAGCUCAUGAAUGUUUAGGUCUUUAUCUUCUAAGCAAGCAUUGUACAGAACACGUUGUGCUUCUUCUUUUUGUCUGCCAUUUUGUGAACGGUGUAAUGUGCUCAGAUAAAUAAUCAGCUGAGCAGGAAAAGAGUCUACUCAUCUAUUCAAAUUGGCAAACCAUUGUUUAGUUUGUAUCAUUAAAUUUGCUCAUAGCUUCGAAAAGCUGCAAUAUAAUGUCAUGAGAGACCACAGGUAAUUGUUCCUGUCAUUUGGUUGGGCUUAGUGGAGAUGGGGGUGGGCAGGAACAAUUUGUUUAAACUUUUAACGCUAUUCAUUAAGCUCUCUGUUAUAACAUUAUGAUCUGUGAUCUUGGCCACCUGUCGAACUGUUUAAGCUAAACUAGUGGGCAAUUAAAGUUAAUUUAAGUAAAAAAUUAUCUAACAAAUCCAGGCUACAGAAAAAAAAAAAAACUUAGUUAAAUGUAUUUGUCCUUACGAUACUAGAUUUACCUAAACAUUUUCCUUUUAACACCAACUGUUCACGAUCCAGGACUGCCUGUCCAUGUAUCAAUAAUGAGCAGUCUUAAGUCUGCUAAUUAAUUCAGAAACCUUGGGGAUGUCAAUGUCACUGCUUGGCAGUACCAUAUGCAUUGCCCAUUUUUCCAGUAACUUUUCUUUCUAAGUUCUCUUAAAGACUUUUGAGAAAGUAAGAAGCUAAGUGAACAUAUAUCCAAUGUUUUGUAAUGUAUUAUAUUGCAGCAUUAAGUCAACAACCCCUUAUGACGUGUACCCAGCUAAUGCAUGGUUUCAGAGUGGAUUUUGCAUUUUUCAUGUGCAGUAAAUGAUUUAAAAAUGUUUUUGGUCACCUUUUUGUGCCAUUAAACUUGUACAGAAAAUGCUUUUAUGGCCAUUUUCAAUGGGAGAAAGUUAAAAAAUGGAAACAGCCCACCCUUUCUGCCCUAUAGCUGUAGUUAGAAUUGAGUACAUGUAGAAAUACGGCUGUAAUUGGUGGUUGUAGUGUUAUAGUUGUUAGCUUGCUAGUGACUGCCUUUGGAGAGUAAAUGCAUGGUCUUGUACAUCACAUUUCUUAAAUAACUCAUUUUAACCUCUGAAAAGGAUAUAUUAUUCCAUGUGGCCCUCUUCCCUCCCUCCAUUCCCUGCUCCCAGAUAUCUUACCAUUAACUGUAAAUACCUGAUUUAGGGGCCAAGAGUUUCUGCCAAGUAAAGUUAGCAAGGAGCAAAUAACCCAAAAGGGGUGAAGAGAAUUUCACAACAAUUUCUCAGAAGUUAUUGACCCUUUCUCAAGGAAUGGCAUGGUUAUCAAAGACUCAGCUGUCUUUUACAUAAAAAUCAGAGGCAAAUUGGGAGUGUCUUUGGCUGCCAGAUUACAGAAUUGAAAAAUUCUUAGAAUCAUACAACCCAAGGAUGUCCCUGAUCCCUGCAUUACUUGUGAGGCAUUUGGAGACAUCAGAGAUUUGCUGACUAAUAUUUAUUGGGGAUAAAAAGAAAAGCAAAACAGAGAUGUGCGACAGAUACUCAGGGGUUUCAGCUAGGCUCCAGUCAGCAAAGGUAAGGAUGUGGGUUUAGAUGCAUUGUUAUCUGUUUCCCAGGCAAUGCUUAACACACUCUUAGUGCUUUGAGUGAUACAAAGGCAGUGUUUCAACAAGACACUCUCUUCUUUGGUUUGCUGUUCUCUCUUGGACUGGAAUGUUUGGCAAGGCCCAUGUAAACUGGUUAGAGCAGGCCCUUUAUAUCUCCUGUGACCGUUAAUCUCCCCCACCAUAAUUUGAUGAGGGCUGUUUGGUUUGAGGACUUCAAGGAUGUCUAGAGAAGUUCCCCCAUGUGUGUGAGGUGUUGUGAACUGUGAACACUGUACAUCUUCAGUGUUCAAUACUGGGCAGCCAAAGAGCUGCUCUUGCAAUCUUUUUUUGGCUCUCAAGCUCUGUUCUCCAUCGAAUUCUCAUUUCUGUGUACAUUUGCAAGAUGUGUGUAAUGUCAUUUUCCAAAAAUAAAAUUUGAUUUCAAUA